CCAACAUUUUCGUGUGUUGCAACAUUCGGUCGAUGUUGCUGCUGUUUCUGCCGCUUGUGUUGCUUGUUUUUUAUUGUACACUUUUUUUUGCCGUUAUCAGUGAACCAGGCAAAGCUUUCAGCCUGGUCGAUUAAAACACAACAACAACAGCAGUGAGCGGAAAGAACUUGAAGCAACAUCACCAGAUACAAACGCAAUAAAAACAAGAGUAUAAUAACAAUAACAACAACAGUCAGCCAGCACAAACAUCCAAAUUGCCUUUUAUUUUUAUGGCUGUCUGUUAUUUUGAGUUGCUGUUUCUGUUGCUGCUGUAGCUAUAAUAAUAUGAAAAGUAAACAAAGUUGCUGCCGUUGCUGUCGUUUCGUUCCAUUGUAGUUGUAGUUGUAGUGUCGUGUCGUUGUCAACAUCAGCGUUGCUCGCCUGCUUUCCAGUUCGCAAAAGCAAAACUGUACUGAAAAUAAUAGCAACUACAACAAAGUCAGCCGCAAUGUUUUAUUAAGUUUCACAAAAUAUAUAUGAUAACAACAACAACAACAAUAACAACAUCGCCGGGCAGAGAAUAAGCAGCGGCAGCAGCGCCAGCAGCAGCUAAAAAGCUCUAUCGCCGUUUGCUGAGACAGCAAGCAGCAACACCAACUAACACAAACAAGCAACAUGCACAAAAAUAAAAAAUAAAAAGAAAACGAACACAGAACAAAAACGAAAACCGAAACGCGCAAAAGAUUCGAAGAGAAUUCUCUUUGUUGUCCGACUUUGGCAACAGCCUGGCGAGCAAAUAGUUUCUUCCACUUCUAGUCUCAAUAUAGGCGAAUAUGACCACCUCAACGCGGUGCAGCAGCAACACGAACAGCAAAAGCACCACCAAGCACGACAGCGAGGAGCGGGAUAACAUUGAGAGCUCCACCACCGCCCCCAACACCUUCAACUACAAUCGCAGUCCUACGAGAUCGGGAUCUGGAACAUCGCGCGUGAUGCAGGCGGACGAGGACUUCAACAUCCGCUUCGUCAACCUGGUGCGGCACCACAAGUGUCUCUACGAUAAGAAGCUCCCGGAGUAUCGCAACAGAGACAACCAGGAAAAAGCAUGGAUUCUGAUAUCCAAGGAGACGCGCGAAAGUGUGAUCCAUUGCAAGGAACGUUGGCGGAAUCUGCGCGCCUGCCUCUCCCGCUACAUCAAGCAACAGGCCGGAUCAGAGCCCCAACACAAGCCGUACUAUCUCACCGAGCACAUGGCCUUUCUGCUGCCCUUUUUGAAGUCCACGAGGAACUCCUUGGAGAGCAACACCAGCCUGGCGUCCCUAUAUCAGCUAUCCCAGCAUCAUAGUAUGCACGACCACAAGCCCCCCCUGAUCAACGCGGCCCUCCUCCCGAACGAGGACAACAUCUACUGCUCCAACAUCGCCACUACCAACAAUAAUAUCCACAGAAACGGAAGCGAACACCGCGAGGACAUGAUGGUGAUGAAGCACUCGAUAUCGGAGAACGAUGACGAGGAGACAAUAGAUGCCUUCGAUCCGACAGUGGCCAGCACUCUCUGCCAGCAGAGGGGGGUAGCUGCGCCCAACGCCCCUAACGCCGUUCAUGAGAGGAUUGGACUUGGAUCGCCCGCCAGGAGCGAAACGGCGAGCGCGGACAGCAUGCAGAACUUUAUUCCCGACGUCCAGCUGGCUGAGACCGGAUCACAGCUCAUGUACGGGGACUCGGGUCGAGGAACCCCGCCGCCCCUGCACUACCACCCCCAUACCCUAAACCUGUCAAUGGAGCACCAUGCCCCGUCUUUCGAAGCGAGUAGUGCCAAGAGGAUCAAGACGGAAUGCGAGGCCACCAGCACGAUAACCAACGGAGGCAAUCUCUACGGCGGCCUCAGUGUCUCGGAGGCCUCGGACAUGGACUUCUUCCGUAGCAUCCUGCCGGACAUUGCGAACCUAACGGCCCAGCAGCGUCGCAAAUUCAAGAUCGGAAUCCUGGAGCUGAUCGACGACGUGGUGACCCGAUAUCCCUCCCAGGAGCGUUGCAAUGGAAGUGGCAUGCUGAACGGUAGCGGAAGCAGCAGCAACGGGGGAUCCGUUAACAGUGCUCCGAAACAGUCGAGACGCACUUCUGGCCGAGAGUGGCGGAAGCAGUGAACGAGAACGCCUCUUGAGGAAGUCACUAAUCCUUAACUAGAAAUACCAUGUAUGAUAAGAAUAAAUAGUUACUUAAGGGGGGAACUGGAGGUCGGAGACGACUCCAAUUCGCUCACGGUCCAUGUGUUGUGCGCGCUCAAUCAGAUGAGUAGAAAACAGGGCUCAAGAGGUUUCCAAUUUUUACAUUUUUUAAACUCCAAUUUUUUUUAAAAUCAACCAAAUCAGUCAUAAAUAUCAUAAUUUAAACAAUUUCUUUUAACAAAAAAGGUCAAAAUUUGCGAGUUCUGAUUACUUUUUAAUUCGAAUUUCAGUUCAAAAAGCCUCUUUUGAGAAAACCUGCCAAGCCAUUAAGCUCAAAAUCUGAUAAGGCUUGUAAAGAGCUUCAACUCUAUCUAUAAGAAAUGUGUAUAUAUGUGUACUUCUAGAGAUUAAGCUAUAGAAUCGAUGUACAAAGCUGUUCCAUAUUAAGUCACGAGAUGUAAGGAUAUCAAACUGCUGUGUCAAAUAAUAAACGAUUGAGAAUACGAAAAAUUA